AUGGAGGUCAGCAGUAAGCUCCGAUGCAGACAAAGGCAAGUCCUUUUUUUCUUUUUCCUAUUGGUGUUAUCUGUGGCAGGUGCAGUGGAGUCUAGGCAUUAUUCUGUGGUGGAGGAAAAGGAGGGUAUCUCCUUUGUAACCAAUUUAGCAAAGGACCUGGGACUUGAGCAGCUGGAACUCUCAAAGCGAGGGGUUAGGGUUAUUUCCAAGGGGAAUAAACCACUUCUGCAGCUCAAUCAGGAAACUGGGGAUUUAUGGCUCAAUGAAAAACUGGACCGAGAGGAACUGUGUGGGCACACAGAACCCUGUGUGCUACAUUUUCAGGUUCUGUUAGAGAGUCCCUUAAAUAUUUAUCAAGCGGAGCUGCAAGUACUAGAUAUAAAUGACCACUCUCCCAUGUUCCUGGACAAAGAAAUUGUGCUAAAAGUAUCAGAAAGCAGUCCUACUGGCACUACAUUUCCACUGAAGAAUGCUCAGGACAUGGAUGUGGGUGAAAAUAAUAUUAACAACUACAUAAUCAGUCCCAACUCCUAUUUCCAUGUCCUCACUCGCAAACGCAGCGAUGGCAAGAUAUAUCCUGAGCUGGUGCUAGACAAAGCACUGGAUCGAGAGGAGGAAGCCCAGCUCAGGGUCACACUAACAGCACAGGAUGGUGGCUCUCCACCUCGGUCUGGUACAGCUCAGGUCCACAUUGAAGUCCUGGAUAUCAAUGAUAAUGCUCCUAUAUUUGAGCAGUCUGUCUACAGAGCUCAGGUAUCUGAGGAUAGUCCCACAGGCUUCCUGAUCAUCACUGUCACUGCUACAGAUAUAGACUUAGGAGUCAAUGGAGAGAUCUCUUAUUCACUUUUUCAAGCUUCAGAUGACAUUAGCAGAACAUUUGAGAUCCAUCCCUUGUUAGGAGAAAUUCGAUUGAAAGAACAACUUGAUUUUGAGAAAAUUCAGUCCUAUGAAGUCAAUGUGGAGGCGAGGGAUGCUGGAAGCUUUUCUGGAAAAUGCACUGUACUGAUCCAAGUCCUGGAUGUAAAUGACCAUGCCCCAGAAGUUACCAUGUCUGCAAUGACCAGCUCCAUCCCCGAGAACUCCCCUGAGACUAUGGUUGCACUUUUCAGUGUUUCGGAUCUAGAUUCGGGACAAAACGGGAAAGUAAGCUGCUCCAUUCCAGAACACCUACCCUUCUUCCUGAAGUCUUCCGUGGAAAACAUGUACACUUUGGUAACAGAGAAACCACUGGACAGAGAAGGCACAGCUGAAUACAACAUAACAAUCACUGCUUCAGAUAUGGGAACCCCCAGGCUGCAAACCCAGCACACCAUCACCCUGCAGGUGUCCGACGUGAACGACAACGCCCCCGAAUUCACGCAGUCCUCCUACACCCUGUGGGUCCGCGAGAACAACAGCCCCGCCCUGCACAUUGGCACCAUCAGCGCCACAGACAGAGACUCGGGCAGCAACGCCCACGCGCUGCCCGAUGGCCCCUUGCCUGGACACCUGCUGGACGUGAGUGGCACGGGGACCCUGGCCCACAGCUACCAGUAUGAGGUGUGUCUGCAGGCAGGUGCUGGCACCAAUGAGUUCAAAUUCCUGAAGCCAGUGUUUCCAAACCUAUCCCCCCAGGUCCCUGGGAAUGAACUAGAGGGUAUGCCUAGCUUCCGCAAUAGUUUGGGCUUCAAUAUCCAGUAAUGGGAAUGAUUUCAUAUUCUAACGAAUGAGUUCAAGAUUCUGAAACCAAUUUAACCUAAU